AAGGACACUCGGCACGUGCUUUGUGCGGUAGAUCAUAGCUUCACAAAUCGAGAACACAUGUCAAUGUUGAAGCCAUCGAGGUCACAAUAGGAUGAUCCUUUGGCUCGGUGUUACGAUCCAUUCUUCUCAAUUGUUUUGCAAGACUCUCUACUACACGGUUUUUUUUAGCCUUUGGGAAGUGAGAUCCCCCCUUCCAGUGUUUCCAAACGGAUGCAGUAGUCUGGGCCGGGUGGUCCGACGGUGCUGGUGCUCUAUCUUUGAUUGUGCUGGACUUGAAUAAUUCUGUCGUUAUUUUGACACAGAACAAGAGCAAGACCAAGAGUCCCUCGCCCAGCAGCCUUCAUUCUCAGUCUGGAUGAGCGAGAGCGUAAAGUGGAGUAGUAAUGUGAUUAUACCCAUCCGUUUGGCUGAAAAUAGAGCGAACAAGAAAGACCCGAGAAAAGUAGAGCUAAACGUGGAAAAGAAGAAGAGCUCUUUGCACUCAACUCAUCAGCUUUAAAGCCAGCAGACGGGAAAGUUGAAGACACCACGAUGGGAAAUGUUCAAAACAAAGGCCAAAAAAACGAACUGACGAACUUUCAGCGGAGAAAACUGAAAUAUGACUUCUACACAUUUUUUGACCUAAACAACGACGGCUUCCUCACUUACAAUGAUUUCCUCUGGGCCAAAGACAAGAUUUGUUACAUGAGUGGAUGGAAAAUAGAUUCCCCCAAGUACAAGAUAACCGAGGCACUCUUCCACGAAAUUUGGGACUCGCUCGUUCAAAUUGCCGACAUGGACAAGGAUGGGAAGAUCACUAAAAAGGAAUGGUUGGCUAUGUGGACCGUGUACAAACGCGAGAUUUCGAUGGGUGAGGAGAAGCAAAAGGAUUUCCUCAAGACCGUCUACGACCAUCAGAAGAAGAGGCAACUGAGCCCGUCGUUCGCCAACCAUUCCGAUGAGCCUAACCAUCCGAGCGUGAGGUCUAACCGAUCCAAAGAGGGUCCAUCUCCCGCAAAGUCCACUACCCCGAAUGGAACCACCAGGAGUGCUGGCUGGAAAGCAGGAGGACAAUCUGAGUCGGAUCACCACCACCACCACCACCCACAGAUAGAUGAUGAAGAUGACUGGCCUUUGGUCUUGGAUUCCGAUGAGGACAGCCCGAGUCUCUUGACGAGAAGACGUGAAAAGAGUCCCCCUAAUGGGACGGUCAAAGCCACCAAGGACCACGAGGAAGGGGACCACGUGUCACAAGAUUCGAUUUUGGAGCAAUUUGCCAAAGACCAUGACCACAGUCUCAACCUGGACAGUACCAGUCUGCCCAAGUGGCUCUACAAAUACCUCGUGUUUCGAUUCAAUCUGUUGGACCGCACAGGUGACAACGUUAUUGACACCGAGGAAUUUGAAUACGUGCUCUCCGAGUUCGGUGUGAGUGAAAGGAUCGCUCGCCAGGCAUUCACCAUCUUUACCGAGAACAAUUCCAAGACCUUGGAUUUUGAUUACUUUGUGGCUCUGUUUGAAGAAUUCUAUCUCUCUGAUGAUCCCUCAGCCUUGGGAAACUUUAUCAAUGGGAAGCUGGAGUACUCGGAUGAAGAUAACUCCUCGGAAGAUGAGGAUCCCGGGUUGGUGGAUCACCGAAAGGAUUCCUCCACCAGCUAUCGCUCCAUGGAUGACGAUCUUCGAGCCAACAACGAAACCUUCCCAGCCAAAGCCCAACCGGAACCUAAUGGAAUGACCAAGAUGAAACGAAAAAUCAACUCCAACUGCUGCAUCACUUCCUAAGUCCAUUUCUCAAAAUCCUAUUCUCCUCUGUCCGCUCGUUCAUUUGUUCCAUUCCAGUCAGUCACGUGAUCACCGAAUGACGAGGCACACAAUGCAAAAAGAAUACAUGAAUAUUUAUUGCUCGCAA